UUUUAUUAACGUUUUUUUAUUAAUACUUUUCCGAUAAGCAAAACUGUUAAAGCUACCAACAAACUACCAUCAAAGAAUGAAUAAUAUUAUUUUUUAAACUAGUUGCUAGCUGAGAGAUGUCUGUAGUCACGUGACGUCAGCGGACCGUUCUACAUGACAACAUGUCAGGUUGCUAAGUUAGCUAGUAAGCUAGCUGCACUUAGCGGACCAAAUGAUGUGGCAAGAGAAAGAACACCGUUUGUUACGUGUCAGCGAUAAAACAAGCAAGGGUUUAGAGAGAUGAAUGGACUGUGUCAGAUACUGUUACGUUAAAGACAGCCCCGCCACGGACGAUAGGAAAACGCCCCUGCCAUGGCAGCUGGUGUCAGCAUACUGAGUGACCUGCCUUACUCCAUGAGCGGAGCUCGCAGUGGAGAGAUCAGCACAGAGAUGGAGACAGCCAAUGCUAGGGUCCCUACAGCAAAGUACACCAAGAUGGGGGAGACCCUGAGACAUGUCAUCCCUGGUCACAUGCAGUGCUCCAUGGCCUGUGGAGGGAAAGCCUGUAAAUAUGAAAACCCCUCUCGCUGGAGUGAUGAGGAGCAAGCCGUCAAAGGGCUCUACUCAUCCUGGAUUACUGACAACUUGCUAGCUAUGGCAAGGCCUUCCACUGAAAUCAUAGAGAAAUAUAAUAUAAUUGAACAGUUUCAAAGGUGCGGUUUAAAGACGGUCAUUAACCUGCAGCGGCCUGGAGAACACGCCAGCUGUGGCAACCCACUGGAGCAGGAGAGCGGUUUCACUUAUCGACCCGAGAUCUUCAUGGAGGCAGGCAUUUAUUACUACAACUUUGGGUGGAAGGAUUAUGGUGUGGCAUCUCUGACUACAAUCCUUGACAUGGUGAAAGUUAUGUCAUUUGCUGUUCAAGAGGGGAAAAUGGCUGUCCACUGCCAUGCUGGUCUUGGAAGAACAGGUGUGUUGUUGGCAUGUUACUUAGUCUUCACGUCCCGGAUGAGCGCUGACCAAGCCAUCUUGUUUGUCCGAGCCAAGAGACCCAACUCCAUCCAAACCAGAGGCCAGCUGCUGUGUGUCAGGGAGUUCGCCCAGUUCCUGGUUCCACUCCGAAGUGUCUUUUCCUGUGCAGAACCUAAAGCCAGCGCCGUCACCUUGUCCCAGUACCUUACCCGGCAGCACCACCUGCUGCACGGCUACGAGGCUCGACAGAUGAAGAACGUGCCAAAGAUCGUCCAGCUAGUGUGCAGGCUGCUGGUGGACAUCGCAGCCAACAGACAGGUGGUGGUGGAGGACGAGUGGCUGGAGAUCCCCGACCUCACAGCAGAGGUGGAGAAGACCGUGUCCCAGCAGGCCCUUCAGCAGCUCGGGAAGGAGAUGAGAGGGAAGGGGAUUCCUGUUCCGCCUUGUUCAUCUCAUCCUCUCAGCCCACCUGCUCUGCACUCCACGCCUCCUCAUGACCAACCUCUCAUCAGCGAUAAUGAGCUGGACCCAUUGUGGAGGCAGCAGAAUGUAGAAAGCCCUCUGAAGUCCUCUCUGUGUAGCAACAGGAGCCUCAGUUACAGCGAUUCUGUCCUCGACAAGCUUGGACCACGGCAGCACCAUUUAACAAAACUGAAGAGCAACAGACCAAUCAGCUGCCUGAUGAAGCACUCGUUGUCUCACAGCAGCCUUACAUCCUGUAUCCUCUCUCCUCAGGACAUUAUCAGCAGCAUUCAGGGCCUCAACAUAGAAGCAGAGCGAGACACAGGGUCCCCCUUAUUAAGAAAGCAUCUACAUAAGGGCCAUCAGAGCUUGUCUCUAGAUUUGUCUGAGCAGAUGACAAAAUGUCACUGUAACGCCACGCUGCCAGCCUUCUCAUACAAGAGCAAAGUGGUGAGCAGUGGGGAGCAGCCAGAUGUGGAUGUGUCAGCAGACGGAGCAGACACAGGAGACGUUCCCUUCAUCAACCUCCACACUGAGCUGUCUGUGGAGAGCAGAUGUUUGCUUGUGGCCAAAGCUCUGGCCAUGGACCUGACAGACGAGGAUUUCACCUCCAAAGUCUCAAUGUGGCAGACAGAGCUGAACUCCAGAGAGGGGGCAUGGGAGAGGCUGUGUAUGGAGAGAGAUCCUCGGGUCCUGUCCAGUCUGAUGUGGUCGUGGCUGGAGCAGCUCAAGGACCCAGUGAUCAGUGCUGAGGAAGUAAAAUCCCUCAGUGAGAGGAAUGUGAACCCACAGAACGCCCUCGACUCCCUGGAAAAGGGCCACAGACUCACUCUGCUCUGUAUCCUCGACUGUGCUGCUCGUCUCCUGCCAAUGCCUGAACAAGUGGAGACUAGUUUUCUCAACCAAACUAUAAAAGUGUUUACUAAGUUUGACCCUGCCGCAGAGAAGAACAAAUCUUUAUACAUGACACUUAAAGCAAUCCUGGCUCCCAUUCUUCAUGAGCUGUGUGACAAAGCGUUGGAGGAGAAUGGAGACUCGUGAUCCAGCCUCCACAGGAGCGCCCUGACUAGAGGAUCACUCACAAACGGGGUUUAUCUCGUAUCUUUGGGCAUUACUGCAUUUGAAGUCAGUUCCUUGUGUCAGAUACUGCUGAGAUCUGCCAAUCUUUAGUUUUUAGAGAUAUUUGAAGGUUUAGCAUUUUUUCUUGGAAGCUCUAAUAAACUCUAAGCACUGCCAUUGUUUUGGUGAAUGUGCCACUGUGCUCAGUUUGUUGUCAUCUGUUCUACUGUGAUAUUUAUGAGGGACUAGUUGUUACUUUUAUUAUCAAACUGUUAGUUGGUAGGAAAAUGACUGAGAAGUGUUCUCAUGAUGUUAAUGUAAUGUUAUUUAAAUGUGUAACCCAGCUGUAAAAGCUGUUGCUCUUAUUUCUUAUUUAAACCAAAAUAUGUUUUACACUGUGCAGAUGCUACAAUGUGUCUUAUUUAUUCAGAUCUUCUUAUUUAAAAUGCACCAGUUGGUUUAUUAAUCAUAACCUGAUGGCAAGUUGUAAAUUUGCUUUGUUUGUGUAGGGUGUAAUGUGUUUUUAGAGUCAAAUGCAAACUGUGGCUAAUGUUAUGGCAAUGCAAAUUUGACAGGCCACAGUGCAUUUGUUUUUCCAAUCAAUUUUAUGACCUUAAACCUGCGUGCACCAAAAACCUCUGUCUUACAUGCAUCUGUCAAACAUGAGUCUGCCUCAGCUCAAACAGCCUCUGCCUGUACUCUGUCAUGCUGCUGUGUGUUAUGUUGCCUUGCCUGUGUAUGUAUGUGUGUGUGUGUGUGUGUGUGUGUGUGUGUAUGUAUGUGUUUCUGUUGAGACAAGUCAGUGGCCACCUCUCACCUCAGAUGUCUCAAAGAUAGAUACAAUGUAAUGUAGAUCUGCUGACACAUGCUGAAUGUGGAACUCUGAUGAUAAUAAUAAUAAUAAUAAUAUGAGACAUUGUACUGUGGGGAAUUUUCAACAAGCACUAUUUUUUCAUUGUUACAACAGGCUUCUUACAGAAUUAAACACAACGUACUGCAAACA